AUGGGUAAGGACGUAUUUGGAGCCUUUGUCAAAGAAACAAAUCAAAUGGCAGUCAUGAUUGAGGAGGUCUGUGAAGAGCAUGUGCAGGAAAGGGAGAGGCUAAUGUUUGUGGCCCAUCCAAACUGUCAGCAACAGCUACUGACAAUCUGGUAUGAAAAUCUCUCAGGAUUACGGGAGCAGACCAUAGCUAUCAAGUGUCUGGUUGUGCUGGUUGUGGCAUUGGGCCUUCCAUUUCUAGCCAUUGGUUAUUGGAUUGCACCAUGUAGCAGGCUUGGAAGAAUUCUUCGAAGCCCAUUUAUGAAAUUUGUGGCACAUGCAGCAUCCUUCAUUAUUUUCCUAGGCCUGCUGGUGUUCAAUGCUUCAGACAGAUUUGAAGGCAUAACAACACUGCCGAAUGUGACUGUUACUGAUUACCCUAAGCAGAUUUUUAGGGUGAAGACUACCCAGUUCACCUGGACAGAAAUGCUGAUCAUGGUAUGGGUACUUGGUAUGAUGUGGUCAGAAUGCAAGGAGCUGUGGCUGGAAGGACCCAGGGAAUAUAUUUUGCAGUUAUGGAAUGUUUUGGAUUUUGGGAUGCUGUCCAUUUUCAUUGCUGCUUUCACAGCGAGGCUUCUAGAAUUCCUGCAGGCCACAAAAGCACAGCAAUAUGUGGACAAUUACAUUGAGGAGAAUGACCUCUCUGAGGUCACACUUCCUCCAGAAAUAGAAUAUUUUACUUACGCUAGAGAUAAAUGGCUCCCAUCUGAUCCUCAGAUAAUAUCUGAAGGCCUUUAUGCAAUUGCUGUUGUUCUUAGCUUUUCUCGGAUUGCGUAUAUCCUGCCUGCAAAUGAGAGUUUUGGGCCCUUGCAGAUUUCACUUGGAAGGACUGUUAAGGACAUCUUCAAGUUUAUGGUCCUUUUUAUUAUGGUGUUUCUUGCAUUUAUGAUUGGAAUGUUCAUACUGUAUUCCUACUACCUGGGAGCUAAACUAAACCCAGCCUUUACAACAGUGGAAGAAAGUUUCAAGACCUUAUUUUGGUCAAUAUUUGGCUUGUCUGAAGUAACCUCUGUUGUCCUCAAAUAUGAUCAUAAGUUCAUAGAGAACAUUGGUUAUGUUCUUUAUGGCAUCUACAAUGUAACGAUGGUGGUAGUUCUGCUCAACAUGCUGAUUGCUAUGAUCAACAGUUCCUAUCAAGAAAUCGAGGAUGACAGUGAUGUAGAGUGGAAGUUUGCUCGUUCUAAACUUUGGUUAUCAUAUUUUGAUGAUGGAAAGACAUUACCUCCACCGUUCAGUCUUGUACCAAGCCCCAAAUCUUUUUUCUAUUUCAUCAUGAGGAUCAUUAACUUUUCUAAGUGCAGGAGGAGACGGCUACAGAAGGACAUUGAAAUGGGAAUGGGCAAUUCCAAAUCUAGGUUAAACCUUUUCACUCAGUCAAACUCCAGAGUGUUUGAAUCACACAGUUUUAACAGCAUUCUCAAUCAGCCGACACGCUAUCAGCAAAUAAUGAAAAGACUGAUAAAACGUUAUGUUCUGAAAGCACAAGUGGACAAAGAAAAUGAUGAAGUAAAUGAAGGUGAAUUAAAGGAAAUCAAACAAGACAUCUCCAGUCUUCGCUACGAACUUUUGGAGGAUAAGUCCCAAGCAACAGAAGAGUUGGCGAUUUUGAUACACAAACUCAGUGAGAAACUAAAUCCUAACAUGUUGAGAUGUGAAUGAUUCAGCAAACGAACCAUGGCUUUGACUACAGCACAACUAUUUAUUGGCAAUAAUAUUUCAGUAUCUUAUACUUGAAAAAUGUAUUGUAGAUUUUUAGCACUAAAUAACUUUAUGUACAGCUUCUCUGGAAUUUAGUCGUAGGAAAUUUUAUUAACUCAUCACAAAAAGAUCGCUCUCUUCAUUUUAAUUGCCCAAAAGCAAGACUUUUUUUUUUUUGUAUUUAUGCAUUAAAAAGAUAUAAUGGUAUGAGUUGCUGGAAUUUUAACAGGUUUAUGAAUACAUAUGGAGAAUUCUUUGCACUAAAUUUGCAAGAAAAACAAUUAAAAUAACAGAUACAGCGUAGUACUUGCAGCAACGGGUUAUGAAUAGGAUUUUUCAGAAUACGAUAAAUCAGCUAGA